UAUUAGCUCCUGUUAGCUUCUGUUAGCUUCUAUUAGUUUGUGUUAGCUUCUGUUAGUUUCUAUUAGCUACUGUUAGCUGCUGUUAGCUUCUGUUAGCUGCUGUUAGUAGAUUGUGUUUGUUCAGACAUGUAACCGUCUGUCUGACAGUCUGAGGGUCUGAGGACGUCGUAGUGGACUCACACAGUGAACAGUUUACCUGUUCACCACCAGAGGGCGACACCACCUCCUCAUCACAGUCACAGAUAUUGGAUCCAUCAGAGCUCAGCUGAUCAAUGAUCAAUGAUAAUGAGAACAUGGAGACAGCAGCAGAGUGUUGGUGUGUUCACACUGAGACACUCAGCAGAGGGAUGAAGUCCAGAGGAAAACCUGAGCUGCUCUACUGCCCCCUCCCCCUCCCUCCCUGUUGUAACCUGAUGCUCACCUGAGAGACUCGUCCCCUCAGGUGAGGACAUUCCUGGACCAGCUGCAGCAGGUCUCCAUCAACAGGAGUGUUUCUCACAGAGGACGAAGACAUGGAGCUGGAAACAGUGUGUGUUCUGCUGCUGCUGCUCUGCUGCAACACUACAGGAAGUCCAGCAGGAGGAGACCUCCAUCAGCUGCUGAACAAACCAGACGAGAGCGGGCGGACGGGGCCCCGGGUGGCGGCGGUGGCGGCGGUGGCGGCGGUGGCGGAGGUGUCGGCAUCCCCCGUUCAGGCCAACGGGUUCCUGAACAGACUACGGAGGCCCAGGAGGAACAUCUGGGACCGCAGCAGGCCAGAUGUUCAGCAGUGGAUCCUGCAGUUCAUGAGCAUGGGAUACGAUGAGGCGAGGCUGGAGACAGACCUGUCGUACUGGAGGGACCAAUGGCGUUCGUCCGAUCAGGGACGUCAGCAUCACUACGACGAGAACGCCGCCGUCGGGCCUCAGGACUCCGCCUCCUACAGACACGGAGCCAACGUCAACUACGACUACUACUGAUCAGAUUAUUGAUCGAUCACACCAGAUCAAUGAUGAUUGAUUUACUGUGGCUGUGGCCAAUAAACAGGUGGAUCAGAA